AUGUCACCUCGCAAGCGUCUUAUUCCGGUGCAGCCUCAAAGAGCUCGAAAGAGUGUGCGCACGCCCGUGUUGAAAAAUCCAUCAGCAAGCUCUAAGCGCGCACACGACUCCAGCCUCGACAAGUCCAGCCCUCAGCCUGAUCGCGAGAUCCAGUCACAAAUUCCUUCCAAUGUGACAAGCGACGCCUCGAAAGCGCAAACACCGGAGAACCACGGGCUUCCGUUACGUAGUAACGUGUCGAGCGAACUAACUUCGCCCAUGAUGUCACCUGGGCUGCGUGCGCUCGACACGUCCCUCCAUGAACAGGCUCGAAACGCCUGUCCUACCACCGCAUACGAUUGCUUUAGCUCGCAACCUCACCAGAAAGGCCACUUCUACUCCGCAAAUCAGCUCUUUCAACAAGGUGUCUGGAUUGGCUACUUGGCUCCCGAAAGGCAAAACGAGUCAUUUCGCGGGCUGCCCUCUUUCCACCAACUCAAGGUCAACUGGGCCAAGUUCCAAGGACCAUGUCCUCCAAUAGUUGAUGGUUCUCCCAGAGAGAAUCGCAACGCUAUCUGCCGAGGCUGUGCCAGUGACGAGUCUGCUCUCAUUGCUCUAAGUGAGGUGCAGUUCGGAACUAGGGUCAAGGUCGUGAUCAUGCCUCUCGACGGCGACGACGAUGCUGGAGUUUUUGCAAUCAUGAUUCCUCAAACGAAUGACAGGUCUUUACAUGGUCUCCAAUCCUUUCGUCCUUACGAACAUAUUAAGUUUUACAAUGACGGCAAAGGACAGGAAUUUGUUAACAAUUACAUGAUGCUCACUCUCCGUAACCCUGACAGCGAUGCUGGAACACUGGAAACAGUUCUCACAGCAUUGCCACCGAAAGAGCGUGCCGAUAUUGCUUUGAAGUUAAAACAAUUGCCAUCACGUGACGAACGUCUUUCCUCCACUCCCAGACUAUCGAAACUUUCUGACGUGGAUGCCACACCUCUGGCACCGCCUGUCAUGAGUAAAGCACACGUUGAUAAUAGCGAUGCUCGAAUCGAUGAGCCGAUGGAUGAGCCGAUGGAUGAGCCUAUGGAUGAGCCGAUGGAUAAGCCUAUGGAUGAGCCUAUGGAUGAGUCUGCGACGCGGAAACGGCGCAAGAUCAGCGACAGUGCCGCGAACAAGUCUGGGCCUGUACGAGAAAGUCCUACAGGCUGCAGUGUUGACCUUGCGCAGCCGCCACCACCGCAGUCGCCACCACGGCCACAACAAACACCCCAAAGGACCCCAACUCCUGCCAAUGAUGUAAAGCAUCAUGGUUCGAUAACAUCAGCGCCAUCGAGGCCUCCAUCUCAAGCUACCAGUGUUGCAAGUUUCUCGAACGGCAUAUCUCUUGACCUGACCGAUGAGCAAGCUGCGCGGAUCUGCUUCAUCUGGGCAGUAGUUGACGAUGAUAUUGAAUAUGAAUUCGUGCAUGCAUUGGUCGAGUGCAAGUCAUUCGGAGGCUUGCUCGGUCUUCUGGAGGAGGAUGCUGAGGCUAUCCCAUCUGCUGCCAGCAUGAUUAGCAGAACAAACGUCUGGCGACUGACGUACCGUCUCGGUGACGGUCCCAGCAAAGCAGUCGUGCUGCGUAAAGGCACUGAAGUUGCGUUCAAUCGUCUGCAAUUUACAAUUGCACAGGCUUCUAUCUGGCAAGAGAAUCCUAAUGCUAAGAUCGAUAUCGAACUCAAGUCGUUGAGCAGACCGGAUCCUGUGUGA